AUGAUCACUAUUGAUUCUCAUCGUGUAGCGAGCGAGACCACGCCUCUGGCCCCUGUAGGCGUCUUGAAAAAGCCCAAAACCCCUCUUCCCAAAUUCCAGAUAGGCAUACUUAUGAUGCUACACGUUACAGAACCGAUCGCUUCGAUGUCUAUAUUCCCGUACAUCAACCAGCUUAUUAGAGAGCUCGGAAUCACUGGAGGCGAUGACGCAGCUGUAGGAUAUUAUGUUGGAAUAAUUGAAUCUCUAUUCUUUGUCAUGCAGUCACUGACAGUGCUAAAGUGGAGCCGGUUGUCCGACCGCAUUGGACGCAAACCAGUGUUAUCGAUCGGACUAUUAGGAACUUGCAUUUCGAUGCUAUGUUUCGGCCUCUCGACGACCCUCUGGAGCCUUGUGGUCAGCCGUUGCAUGUGUGGUGUGCUGAAUGGCAACGCUGGAGUCUCGAAAACCGUGAUGGCGGAAUUGACAGACUCCACAAAUAUGGCUCAAGGAUUCGUCUUGAUUCAGGUUUUCUGGAAGGUUGGAACAUUUGUUGGCCCUUUAAUGGGCGGAGUACUUGCGCAUCCACAAGAUAGCUGGCCCGGUUUAUUCGCCUCCUCAUUUUGGAGAAAAUAUCCAUACUUUCUGCCUUGUGCGGUAGCUGCUGGUUUUGUUGUCCUGGCCUAUUUCAUGCUAUUAUUUUUCUUAGAAGAAACAUUAUCAACCAAGCGUCGACCAAAGACGAGCGUCACGGGCGGAGAUGACGUUGACGAUCGAGAAGUGCUUGCGCAAAAAUCCAUGGCAGAUAUGCCCAUGCGAUCUCUGCUCACGCCUACCAUUGUCAUCCCAAUCGUAAACUACGCCAUGGUCUGUAUCCUUGAUAUUUCGUUGAGGACUCUGACGCCGCUGUUCUUUUCUACGCCUAUGCAUCUCGGUGGCCUUGGUCUUGGCCCUUCUUCUAUUGGCUUAUGGCUGGCGUUGUUUGGGAUUAUGGACGGCCUCUUACAGGCUCUGUUCUUCGCCAAAAUUGUUGAUUGGGUUGGCCCAAAGCGUCUCUUCUGUGUGGCAGUGUCGUGCUUCAUACCAGUCAUGCUUAUGUUUCCAAUGAUGUCGUGGCUUGUACAGACAAGGGGGAUAGUUGAUCAUGCAAUCACGUUUGCAUUGCUUGGCCAACUAGUUCUAACAGUUAUUUGGGGUUUGGCAUUUGGGCCUAUUUUCAUGUUCAUCACGGCUUCUGCUCCGGCAAAGAAUGUCCUUGGUGCUAUCAAUGGUCUUGGUCAGACCUCCGCGUCAGUAGCUCGUGCCAUUGGGCCCGUCUUAGCGACUUCGCUAUUUGCACUUUCAAAAGAACAUAAUCUUCUGAAUGGAAACGCCGUAUUUUUCAUCUUGAUUGUGCUGGCUGGCGUAUUGAUGUGGCUGGCGUCGCAGUUGCCAGAUGAGAUGCAAGUUAGGGAUGAGUAA